GGUAACACCUGCCUGAAACACAUGAUCAGUAAGGUGCGUCGGGACACGCAUCACUAUGAGCGCUACCAGCACAACAGAGACCUGGUGGUUUUCCUCAACAUGUUCUCCAACAAACAGCUGGAGCUGCCCCGUGGCUGGGAGCUGAAGCACGACCACACUGGCAAGCCUUUCUUUGUGGACCACAACUGCCGGGCUACUACGUUCAUCGACCCUCGGCUCCCUCUUCAGAGCAGCACACGUCCCAGCAGCCUCCUGGCCCACCGCCAGCACCUGACCAGACAACGCAGCCACAGCGCUGGCGAAGUCAGCCCACAACACAUGGUGGGUGACCACCCUCGUCAUUCUGGAGGAGGACCCCCUGUAAUGCCCCGCCCAUCCAGCACCUUCACCCCGGUCAGCCGCACCCAGUACCAAGACGUAGUGCCAGUGGCUUACAACGACAAGAUUGUGGCGUUUCUACGACAACCCAAUAUCUUUGAGAUCCUGCAGGAAAGACAGACAGAGUUUAUCAGGAACCACUGGCUCAGGGAGAAGGUGCAGUUAAUCCGUAAUGAAGGGGCCUCUGGUCUGGCCAGGCUGUCUGGUGAUGCAGACCUGGUCAUCCUCCUCAGCCUGUUUGAGGAGGAAGUGAUGUCAUACGUUCCGCCUCACGCCUUACUGCACCCCAGCUACUGCCAGUCCCCACAAGCUCCCCGUGUCCUCCCACAGAACUCACCUGGAACACAGCGAGCUAAUGCCCGUGCCCCUGCCCCCUACAAGCGAGACUUUGAAGCCAAACUGCGAAACUUCUACCGCAAACUGGAGACCAAGGGCUACGGCCAGGGCCCAGGGAAGUUAAAGUUGAUCAUCCGUAGAGAUCAUCUCCUGGAGGAUGCCUUCAACCAGGUCAUGUGUUACUCCCGGAAAGACCUGCAGAGGAGCAAGCUCUAUGUCAGCUUCCUGGGAGAGGAGGGGUUGGACUACAGCGGCCCGUCCAGAGAGUUUUUCUUCCUGGUGUCCAGAGAGCUGUUCAACCCGUACUACGGCCUGUUUGAGUACUCCGCCAACGACACCUACACCGUUCAGAUCAGCCCCAUGUCUGCCUUCGUAGACAACCAUCACGAGUGGUGA